AAGCGACACAACCUAAAAAUGAGUUGUGCAACUCUACACGUUCUUGGCUCUUUGCAGAGAUGCUCCUGGAUCCAGCCCUUUCAUUGCGGUGAGCGGUCUGCCAAACGAGGGUUUUCUUCGCCCAUCCGCGUGGGUGGAAAAAAGCCAGUUCCCAGUCGAUCAGAAGAGUAGUAACAGAUACGGGGCGCGCCCAGACGCUCGCAUUUUUAUCCCUUAGGUUAUGGACCGUACACAUGAGUAAGCAAUUUCUACAUGUUGUUCUGUCUUAGAACUUUCCACUUCCAAAAGAGAAUUACUGUAUACAAACAUUGGAUUUAAUGGAUCCAUUUUCAAUACAUUUUGGAAAGAAAGCACAGAUGAUCAUUUGAAAACGUGCAGUUGGAGAGGGCGUGCGCGAUAUGAGAAAUGUGUGCUGCAGUUUAUCAUUAGAUCUUUUUAUUUCCCUUAAACAUGAACAUAUGGACAUCUUUCAAGAAAUGCUACCCAUUAUACAAUGUUGUCAAGGUUCCAUGUGCUGGUUUCAAAUGGGCAGCAAGAGGAGGACUAAUCCUACAGUCUGCUUCCCAGGAUGUCUAUCAGAAUUUAGCUUUGGAAGACUGGAUCCAUGAUAACAUGGAUUUAGAGAACAGACACAUUCUUUUCAUGUGGAGAAAUUCUUCUGCAGUAGUGAUUGGCAGACAUCAAAAUCCCUGGCAGGAAUGUGAUCUUAAAUUCAUGAGACAGAAGGGCAUUAAACUAGCUCGAAGAAGAAGUGGAGGAGGAACAGUUUACCAUGAUCCAGGCAACAUCAAUUUGACUUUCUUUACAAACAGGAAAAAAUAUGAAAGAAUGGAAAAUUUAAAACUAGUUGUUAGAGCAUUAAAAGCCCUGCAACCACAAUUAAACGUGCAGGCUACUGAGAGAUACGAUCUAUUGUUAAAUGGUUUUUUUAAAAUAUCAGGAACUGCUGCAAAACUAGGAAAGACUGCUUACCACCACUGCACCUUGCUGUGUUGUGUUGAUAAAUUUGUGUUAUCCUCUGUGCUCAAGAGUCCUCAUACUGGAAUAAAAAGUAAUGCAACUCCAAGUGUACCUGCCUUAGUUAAAAAUCUCUUUGAAGAAGAACCUACUUUAACUUGUGAGAUGCUCAUGAAUGCCAUCGCUGAAGAAUAUGCUUCACGCCAUGAAAUUGACAAGCAUGUAAUUCUCAUAAAUCCAACAGAUGAAAAAGAAUUUCCUGGAAUCAAUAAUAAAGCCAGAGAACUACAAGCCUGGGACUGGCUAUACGGCAAAACACCUAAGUUCAGUAUUAGAACAUCCUUUAAUGUAGCACAUGAACAAUCCCAACUGGAAAUUAAGGUAAACAUGGAUAUAAAGAAUGGCAAAAUUGAAACAUGCAACAUUGAUGUGCCUCAGGGCUGGCUGCCACCAAUCAUGUGUGAUGAACUAAAGUGCAUUCUGAUUGGCAACAAAUUCUGUCCAAGUGAAACCACUGCAGUGGCAGCUGCUUUGCUGAGAACGUGCACGGAUUACAAUUUACAUAGCAAAUGGAAACUUUUAUGUGACAAAAUAGUUGCACUAAUGUAACUUACUUGACAAACUUUGAUUCUUGGUCCAUGCUAUACCAAUGCAAAUUUACUCUAGCAUGCGUUUUUAAGGAUUUAGCGAACCAUAACAGGUGUAGUUGAUUUAUGCACCUACACUCUUUAAAAUGGAGCUAACUGACAAUGGAUCCAUAUAUGUCUACCUGAAAGGAAACCCCAUGCAGUUCCAUUUCCACCUCUCCAUAUUGGUUGUUAAAGCCAAGCAGACAGGAAAGGGUGCUUUGCCAUGGCAAAGGCUCACAACUCUACCUGCUGAGAUCUCUACAGACAGAAAACCAUCAUCCUUCCCAAAACAAGGCAUUGGAAGCAGGUUAACACUGCUUUGGAUCCAGAACUGUUAGUUCUAUCAUUUUCUUGAGAUGGCCACAAUCUGUGCCUUUCACCUAUGCCAGUCUUCUGUAGGCAUAGAAAAAUGCCUAUUAUAACCAGUGGGUGAGACAGUAAAAGAGACAGUUACCUCACACCAUUUCUGUCCU